AUGCUCGGCCACGUCUCAAUUCGCGUGUCAGACCUUGAAGCAUCUACGGAAUUUUACCUACGCGCUCUUCGCCCUCAUGGAUUUGAAGCAAUGCGCUUUCCUACUGUGGUUGGUCUUGGACCUCCAGUGAAGUCUUCAUCUGCUCCGACUCCUUGUUUUUGGCUCCGUCAAUAUACCCCAGCACCUUCGAUUAAUCAUACUGAGAAACCUACUCCGGUACACAUAUCAUUCUAUGCCCAGGAUUGUGCCGACGUGGACGAAUUUUACAAGCUCGGCCUAGAAGCCGGAGGAAAAGAUAAUGGCAAGCCUGGUCUAAGACCAUUUAUGGAAAAUUACUACGGUAUGAACCGCUGA